AUGUCUGUGGUGGGCUUUGACGUAGGCUUUAUGAACUGCUAUGUAGCAGUAGCUCGAGCCGGAGGGAUAGAGACUGUGGCCAACGAGUACAGCGACAGGUGUACACCAGCAUGUGUGUCUUUUGGACCACGAAACCGGUCCAUUGGAGCAGCUGCCAAAAGUCAGGUCGUCACAAACUGCAAAAACACUGUCCAGGGAUUUAAGAGGUUUCAUGGCAGAGCCUUUUCAGAUCCCUUUGUGCAACGCCUCAAAUCCAGCCUUGUGUAUGAUAUCACACAGAUGCCCACCGGAACAACUGGUAUCAAGGUGACCUACAUGGAGGAAGAAAAGAUUUUCAGCAUUGAGCAAGUUACAGCUAUGCUACUGACCAAGCUGAAGGAGACGGCUGAAAGUGCUCUGAAAAAGCCUGUGGCUGACUGUGUUGUUUCUGUUCCCUGCUAUUACACCGAUGCUGAGAGGAGAUCAGUUGUAGAUGCAGCUCAAAUUGCUGGACUGAACUGCCUGCGACUUAUGAAUGAGACAACUGCAGUUGCAUUGGCGUAUGGCAUCUAUAAGCAAGAUCUCCCUGCUCCAGAAGAGAAACCGAGGAAUGUUGUGUUUGUUGACAUAGGCCAUUCAGGAUACCAAACUUCUAUUUGCUCCUUUAAUAAGGGCAAACUCAAGGUUCUAGCUACCGCAUGUGACCCAGAACUUGGAGGCAAAGACUUUGAUGAGGUACUUGUCCAAUUCUUCUGUGAGGAAUUUGGCAAGAAAUACAAACUUGAUGUCAAGUCCAAACCUAGAGCUCUGGUUAGGCUCUACCAGGAAUGUGAAAAACUCAAGAAGUUGAUGAGCGCCAACUCUUCUGACUUGCCCCUCAACAUUGAAUGCUUCAUGAAUGAUAUUGAUGUAACUGGAAAAAUGAACAGAGGGCAUUUUGAGGAGAUGUGUGCUGACAUUCUUGCGAGAGUAGAGCCUCCACUCCACAGUUUAUUAGAGCAAGCAAAGCUAAAGAGGGAUGACAUCUAUGCAGUAGAAAUAGUGGGUGGAGCUUCAAGGAUCCCUUCUGUUAAGGAAAGAAUCAGCAAAUUCUUCGGAAAGGAACUGAGCACUACACUAAAUGCUGAUGAAGCAGUGGCCAGAGGAUGUGCUUUGCAGUGUGCAAUUCUGUCUCCGGCUUUUAAAGUUCGUGAAUUCUCAAUCACAGAUGUGGUUCCCUACCCAGUCUCUCUCAAGUGGCAUUCAGCUGCGGAGGAGGGAAUCAGUGAUUGUGAGGUGUUUCCCAAAAACCAUGCAGCACCCUUUUCCAAGGUUUUGACCUUCUACAGGAGGGAGCCGUUCUCUUUAGAGGCUUACUAUAAUUGCCAUAAUGAGUUGCCCUACCCAGAUCCCACUAUUGGUCAGUUUUUGAUCCAGAAAGUUGUCCCACAAGCUUCUGGGGAAAGCUCCAAGGUUAAAGUGAAGGUGCGGGUGAACAUCCAUGGCAUAUUCAGUGUCUCCAGUGCGUCUCUGGUCGAAGUACAAAAGUCUGAUGAGACAGAAGAGCCCAUGGAAACCGACCAGACCCAAGACAAGGAGGCAGAGAAUAAAAUGCAAACUGACCAAGAGGAUCAGCCAGGUCAAGGAGAAAGUCCAAAAGAGGCAGAAGACAAGACACCUCAGGAAACUGAAGAAAUGGAGACAUCCACACAAGAGAACAAAGGUGAAAAGAAGUCUGACAAUCCUCCACAAGCUAAAAAGCCUAAAGUCAAAACAAAAGUGCUGGAGCUUCCUAUUGAAAACAGUCCACAGUGGCAGCUUGCUCUUGACAUGCUGAAUUUAUUUGUUGAAAAUGAGGGUAAGAUGAUCAUGCAGGACAAACUUGAGAAAGAAAGGAACGACGCUAAGAAUAAUGUGGAAGAAUAUGUUUAUGACAUGAGGGACAAACUCCAUGGGCUGUAUGAGAAGUUUGUCAGCGAGUCUGACCGUGAUGCGUUGUCCAUAAAGCUGGAAGAUACAGAGAACUGGCUGUAUGAAGAAGGCGAGGACCAAUCCAAACAAGUCUACAUCGACAAACUGACUGACUUAAAGAAACUUGGUCUGCCUAUCCAAGAAAGAUUUAUUGAGGCUGAAGAAAGACCUAAAGCAUUUGAAGAGUUAGGAAAACAAGUUCAGCUAUAUAUGAAAUUUGUUGAGGCGUACAAGAUGAAGGAGGAGCAAUAUGACCAUUUGGAAGAGGCUGAUGUCAAUAAAGUUGAUAAAAUGACCAAUGAUACAAUGAUCUGGAUGAACAGUGCCAUGAACCAACAAAGCAAACAAAGUCAAACAGCUGAUCCUACAGUGAAAGUCAAGGACAUUGUGGCCAAAACAAGGGAACUUUUCUCUACAUGUAAUCCGAUUGUGACCAAACCCAAGCCUAAGGUAGAGUUGCCGAAGGAGGAGCCCCCUGCAGAACAGAAUGGGCCUGUCAAUGGGCAGGAGAAAUCCCAAGAGGACAGUGCUGGCAAGGGAGCAGCUGAUGCCGCUGGCAACACAUCAGAAACUACAGAAAACAAACCUGAAAUGGACCUUGACUAA